GAUUCCUCCUCCAAAUCUUUGUCUUCUCCGUGCAACUCAUCGUCAGCUACAUCCCAUCUUCCUCCGGAAUGGAGCUCCGCCUCUCCAGCCACCUCCAGGCGCGGCUCCCUUCCGUCCCGACGACGCCUCCGCCGUCGGCUUCCCCCACAGCCGUGCUGCUCCCGGCGUCCCGCCGCGGGCGCCGCCUUCGGAUUGGUGGGAGCUGCCGGGUCGCUCCGCGGAGGCAUCUGCAUUCGGCCAUCUGCGCCUCCGUACAGGAUGGCGCGCAGGGCCAGGAGGCUGUGAAGGAGAGGAGCGUCUCGGUGAUCCUGUUGUCCGGAGGGCAAGGGAAGAGAAUGGGGGCAAACAUGCCCAAGCAGUAUCUACCGCUGCUGGGAGCGCCAAUUGCCGUGCACAGUUUAAGGACGUUCUGUGGAAUGAAGGAAGUGAAAGAAGUCGUGGUGGUGUGUGAUCCAUCCUACAAAAACAUAUUUGAAGGUUCGGUUGAAAACUUGCAAAUACCUAUUAAAUUUACAUGCCCGGGUAAAGAGCGACAAGACUCUGUUUUUAAUGGACUUCAGGAAAUUGAUGGAGAUUCAGAACUUGUCUGCGUCCAUGAUUCUGCAAGACCCUUGGUAUCUUCUGAAGAUGUCAAAAAGGUCUUAGAAGAUGCUGCAGUGCAUGGAGCAGCUGUUCUUGGUGUCCCUGUCAAAGCUACUAUAAAGGAGGCCAACAGCGAUUCCUUUGUCGUAAAAACCCUUGAUAGGAAAACUCUGUGGGAAAUGCAAACUCCACAGGUGAUGGAGCCCAAGCUGCUCAAAGAUGGUUUCGAGCUUGUUAAAAGGGAUGACCUUGAGGUCACUGACGAUGUUUCAAUCGUAGAAUACUUGAAACAUCCUGUCUAUAUCACUGAGGGCUCUUAUACAAACAUUAAGGUGACAACUCCUGAUGACUUGCUCCUAGCUGAGCGCUUGAUGAAUGGGAAAUAGGGCUAAAAUUAACAAUAUUUACCUGAUUUGAGAGGCACCUGUAUGAAUUUAUCAGCACAGCAUUCCUGCACCCAUCCACAAUUUUGGAAGCUAGGAAAAUGAACAUGUAGCUCAUACACGAGAUAUAUAACUUCUAUGUAACAUUCUUUCUGUGCCAAUGAAAAUAUGGCAAUUU